GCACUGCCAAGUCUUAAUAAGAAAUAGUUUAAACCCACAAAGACGAUCUAACUGAAGUAUCUGUAGGUUUUCUGGGUCUCUCCCUGUGUAUACUAGCUGACCCAAUCUAAUCAAUAUUGAAUCACGCUGUAAACAAUUAUUUCCAAAGAUAACAAUUUCAUUUCGACGCGGGACGUUCGUUUUGGAGGAUUUUGGUCUGUCUCUUCAGAGCCUGCCUGACUUUCUGUAAAUUGGGGGGUCAGUACUGAAGGUUUAUAAUGUUUGGGUGAAGUGUUCUGGAUUAUUCAUUCUGUUUAUUACUAGGAUGUUGUUUUCACACCUGUAACAAAGGUAUUUUUGGAAGGUAAAAUUUGGAGGUACUGGUACCAUAUAAUGACUAUUGAUGAUGUAUGUACUUUAAAAUCUUGAAACAUUUCUAAAGAUUCACAUUGAAAGUUAAAAAAUAUGACGUUUUGAAUUUUAGAGAAGAGUCAGUUGUUAUAAUUAUGAAAAUGAAAUUUAAAAAGUUAAUUUUGUAGUCUUUAGUUUCCUUGCAACUGCAUGUGGUUUGGCUUAAGAUGGUUUGUCAUUUGUAUAUCACCGGGUGGAUAUGGGAUUGAAGUUACAAUAUUCAGCUUAAGUUUCAGCAUUUAAAUGUUUUAAUUAAUAACAAUUAGAGUAUUGAUGUACACAUCACUAUUGUUCCAAGAAGAGCAUUAUUAUAUAUACGGAUGGAUUUUUACAAAGAAGGGUCGAUGUGGAAUAUAAACUUGGAAACAAUAUCAGAUUUUAUUCUGUUAUUAAGUUAUUAAAUCCUAGUUUUCCUUUAGCAAUAUGAGGUUUUUUAUUGCUUGAACUUGUAAAGUUGAUAGAAAAUUCUCACUUUAUCAACCAUGCAUUUGGAAUAACACAUUAAACAAUUUCACAAAGUUUAGUUACUGCAAUCCACACAUGGAGCAAUUAUCCUUUUCAUCUUUAGUGAAGAUUUAGUUCCCAUUUCAUAAUUGCUCUUUAACAAGGAAGGAAGAGAUCAGUGCUCUGAUGAAUCUAUUAGUUAUCACUUUAAAAUGGCUGUAACUUUAGUUUUCUGAUGGCUGAGAAAAGUAUCAUGAACCAAUUUAUACUGUCCUAUAGAAUGUGAAAUACUUUCUGUGACUUUAUUCAUUAAAUUAAGGUCCUCAGUAAAACUUGGUUAAGUCCGACCAGCUUAACAAUUUCAUUUAAACUUUUACUUCUCUGGACACAAUAUCUGUUGACAGUGUAUAGCCAUUUGGUGACUGUCACUUUUUGUCUUUGACAGUACCUGAGGGUGGACACAAUAGAAAUUUACAACCAUUAGAAACAUAUCAGAAACUUAAUCCACUGGCCUGUUAUUUGUUCCAUUCUUGUUGAUUAUUGUAGGUGUUUAACUCUAGUUAAAAAAAUGUACUACCGAUACGACAGAGAUAGCUGGUGGAUAAGCAAGUCAGCUUUAAAUGUCACUUUGUGGCUUUUAAUGGGUGAAAGGACAGGAUUGUCUCUUUGUGUUUAUGGAAUGCUUUGUCUUUGAUAUAUAUGCUAAUCAAUAGGAACUCUGGGUUAAAACAAUGCAGUAUAACUGAGCUAUCACCAGUGAAAUAUUACAAGGACAAAAAAUAUUAAGUGAGAAGUGGUUUGGAAUUUUUUGUCAAUUUAUAAAUCGUUGAUAUGGACUACUUGGAAAUUACAUGAAUAGGAAUUUGGAUUUGAAAAAUAAUCUCUGAUGUUUCUACAUGUGAAUGGAAUUAAAUCUUAUUCACAAAUGGUUCAUUUUGUGCAGUUGGAAUAUUCACAUUCAAUUUGAUUUAAACUCUGUCUUUUAUUUGUCUUGGACAAGGGAUAAGUGUUGAUUAUUCCAUGCGAUUGCAUUUAGUUUAGUGUUUGUUUAUAAUCAUGAGUCGUUGGUCGACUCUCCCUAAAGAGUCUCAGUACUCUAGAAAUGGUGAGAGGUUUAGUAAGACGGGCUGGAGGGACAGACCAAAAUCAGACCACUUCUCCCAUACUCACAGGCCAGAUUACAGACCACAUGUGGAUUUGGACAACAAAGGAAAUAAAUCGGCACGGAGAAAGCCUCGCCCAACAUCGUUCCCCUCAGAUGUGAAGGAAUAUGAAAUUAAACACAACAAAGAGAAUUUGAAUCAGGAUAAUAACUUCAGAAACAAAAAUCACAAGGAAAUAUCUGGAGAUGUUAAGAAUAAUGUAAAACAUUCAAAGAUUCCAAAACGCAGGGAAGGAGUUGUAAAACGUGAGGAUGGGAAGCAUGGGAAUGGACACAGCACCGUACGUAUAAACGAUCACACGAUACAUAAACAGGUCCCGAAACAGAGCAAGAUGUCUAAUCAAUACGUCAACGAUAACCAGGUGUGGACAGACAGUCCAAGAAGUGACGAACCGACUCACAGAGGCAGGCGACACCAGCAAGUUGAAAUCAAUGUGGAAAUAACCCCCCACCCAAGAAAAAGAGCUCCCGACCAAUUAGAUGACGGUCUGUCAACACACAGAGGAAAUCCUGGGACACAUCGUAGUCGCCCAGUGGAAAACUCCUCUAGAAACCAGUAUAUUCCCAGUCAGUUCACUCACGAGGAAGGACGUGGAAGUCCAAGGGUGAAUAUUACAUACAGAGGUGAUCCUAGAGGCCCAAGGGGCUCUGGUAAACAUUAUGGUGAGGGUCAUAGUUAUAACCACAGGUCAUCUCCGUCCAGUCACACUGACAGUGUCGACAGUUUGAAGAAAGCCAGCAGUAACAAAAACUUUGAUCCUGCAGUGCAAUAUGUAAUAAGAUCCAAGGCCAAUUCCAGAGCUUCCUCAACAUCUAAGGCUCCUGACCCUAGCUUGUCGGAAAUGGAGAAACAUGCACCUGCUGACGGUGCUUAUCAUAACUCCAACCAAAAGGUGACCAACACAGCACAAUACCUGGACAAUCCUAAUGUUAGUGCUGCUCCUUUUAUGGAUGAGAAGGACAGACAGUACCAGCAGAAGAAUGUUAAAAUUGCCAACUACGUACAGAGUAACACACAACACCGGUAUGUGGAUGAGAAUUCUGAUUCCACGACAUCUUACAAUAGCCUGUCUCAAAGUGAACAGAACGGUGUUCGCAAUGGGAAAUCUGUUCAGUUUACUGAUGAGCCCCGUAAUAAUGACAUGUCACGGACAUCCAAUCCUCAAGGUCAUCUGUCAUAUCAGAGUGAGAAACCAAAUAAUCAGAACCUGCAAACAAACAUUAAUGGACAAAAAUUUGCUCCAAAUCAACCUUAUUCUAACGGGAACCAACCUAUGCAAAACUCGGACAAUGUGACUAGCAAUAAGCUAAAUCAGGAAUACCAAUUCCCUGAUUCCGAGGAUGAAGACGACGGUUUGGAUUUGAAUGACAUUGAUUCCGUGUAUGAGGGAAAUGAUGCUUAUGUAUGUUACCUGAUGACAGACGAUGGAGGAAUGGCUGGCCCUUUACGACUGGACAUUAAUGAUGUCCAAGUUGGCCUGCCCAGCGAAGUAAAGGUUAAGGAGAACAAUUCAGGAAUGAGAAACAGGCAGACAGGGUCUCAUGGUUUGAACGAGUUCUCCAGUCGAAGCCACAGCAUGCUGACGUUAACCAUCGACACAGAACAACAAGACCCAGACGACGACAACCUGUACCUCACCAAGCGGGGAAAACUCACUUUUGUAGACUUGGCAGGUAGUGAAAAGGUGAAAGACUCGGAAUCUACAGAUCAAACAUUGAAAGAAUCUAACAAUAUCAACAGGAGUCUAUUGGUGCUAGGAAACUGUAUCUCAUCCCUUGGUGAUGCUAAAAAGAGGCAGGGUCAUAUCCCUUACAGGGAUAGUAAACUGACCAAACUGCUGGCCGAUAGUCUUGGUGGAAAUGGAGUCACUCUAAUGAUCGCAUGUGUGACCCCCUCGUCUCAUCAUAUCCACGAGACCAUCAACACUUUACGCUACGCCAGCCGAGCCAAAAAAAUCAAAACUAAACCCAUUGUCAAAAUGGACCCCAGAGAAAAGUUAAUUCUGAGUUUGAAGCGGGAGAUCAAAAUCUUGAGGAACGAGAACAUCUACCUUCGGCAGCAGCUAGAGUUCCCAGCUAAACCCAAAGGAGAUCUACAAAAGUCAAAUGAUGAAAAAUUUAUGAAAUUUUUAAAGACACAAGGAAAAGAAUCCAAUGAUCCAAAAGCCAAUGCAAAGGGAGGAACAGAGGCCGGUCUUUAUGAGAUGUUACAGGAAUACAUGAUAGAAAAUGAAGCCUUAAGGUCUGAGAAUUCAGAGAUGCAUCAAACCAAAGAUAAAAUAAAAAGAGAACAGCAAUUAAUGUACCGAGAAAAUGAGCGACUGUCCAAAAAAAUCGAGCAGCUUGAACGGGAUCUCUACGGUCGACAACCAGGAGGAGGGGCAGGUGGUUGGCAGAGACAGACCAAUGGACCUCCCCCGCAGAGACAGACCAAUGGACCUCCCCCGCAGAGACAAGUCAAUGGACCUCCCCCAGCCCGGCAGCAAAAUGGGCCUCCUCCCCCCCAGCACCCCCCACCAGAUCAGUAUUAUGACCAGGGACCACCUCCGAGGCAAGGGAUUAACAAGCCUCCACCACCUCCUCCAAACAACCAGUGGAAGUCCACUCCACCUCAACGACCAGUCAACAAUAGGGUGGUGGAUCAAUAUAUUCCUGGUCCCUCACCCCAAGCAGGAAGGGGUAAACAAUCUACACCACCGAGUGGCCCCAAAAGGCCCCCUCAUCGACUUGCAGAUCCCAUUGGAAGACCGAAUUUACCCCCAGAAUACAUACAAAACGGAGUGGGAGGAUACCCUGAUGAUGGAUAUAUGUCACCAAGGGGACGACCUUCACCUCUUCACAAUGGACCAUUGAGACAAGGUGCUGCAAACAGUUCACUCAGGGAAUUACAAUCAAGGAGAUUUCUGCAUUUUUCGGCCAAUCACCUCAAUCGGCAGCAAAUGCAUAAAAUUGGCCGUAGUAUGCCAAAUUUAUCCUCACGUGAAAUAUUUACAGCAGAUGUCGGGUUUGAUUCUGAAUCUGAAAUGCCAUAUGUCCGUAAAAUACGAACAGCUUUGGACAUUUUCUACGAUGAGGAUGAUGACAUACUUAGUAGUCGAAUUGAGUCACCGCACCGCUACAAUGAUAGUCGUCGAGCUUCCCAAGUUUCCACCUCAGACUCCAUACGAAGCAUGAAUGCAAAGUUAAAACAAGAAAUUUAUGAACUGGAAGGAGAGAUAGAACACCAUCAUCAUGUGAACCAACGGACUAAGAGUGUAUACGGUUCACAGACCUCAGUCCGAUCUGGACCUCGAUGACGACAAAAUUCCGCUAUAUCUUCUGUGCUUUUCUCAUUGAUUUAAGCCAGCCAUUGAAUUGCUUGGCUGAUAAAGUACAGUGAUUUGUGUCAUAUACCAAAGAUAAGUAUUGAACUUACAAAACACUUCUGCCAGCUGUCCCGUAGGUUCCUGGCAGUUAUCUGGGCAUUUUUACAUAUUGCAAUUUGAAAAUUCUAACAUAUGGAGGUGAUACAGAACGAGCACUAAAUUCAGCAGUAAGUAUUGAACUUACAAAACACUUCUGCCAGCUGUCCCGUAGGUUCCUGGCAGUUAUCUGGGCAUUUUUACAUAUUGCAAUUUGAAAAUUCUAACAUAUGGAGGUGAUACAGAACGAGCACUAAAUUCAGCAGUGAACUUUUAAAAGAAUUAAAAAUUGCACCUGUUGUAAACUAAAGGCUGUUGAACAUAAUGGAAGUCUACAAUCAUGGCUACAAAAUCUCAGUUGUACACCGAGUGUUGCCAGAUCCUGGUUCUGCAUGGAGUGCUACCGAUUCCGUCCUUUGGCCAAAAGGGAGCUAACUCAUACAUUAGUGUAUGUGGAGAUGUGUGUGUGUGUGAUUCUGUGGAACCGUCCUGUUAAGAGACUAUUGAAAUCCGUCCAUUUUUGAUGUUUAUACCGAGAUACUGGAUUGUACUAUCUUAAUUUAUUUGUAAUGUUGUUGAUUUUUUAUAUGUUUAUCCUUGUUUAUUGUUUUUUAAAUUCCAACAAGACACAUAUUUUUCUUUAUAUGAUUACAAGACCCUCAAUGUACAUGAAACUCAGUCACAUCAGUUAAUUUACACCCACACAGUUACUGCAGUUGGUAGCUUCAGAAAGAUGGAUUUUCUGACUAUUUCUGAAUACACUGAUUUUCUGAACAUCACGAGUUCUUUAAAACAACCCAGUUAGUUAUGUUAAAUAGAGUUUAUGUUGUUAUUGUUUCCUGUAGAUAUUGGAAAUUUUGUUAUUUUUGAAUUAUUGUUAGUUGUAUAUAUCUUCAGUGUAGAAUGUUGUUUGAAUGUUGACAGAUGGACGAUAGGAUAGAUUGAGAGCUUAUUUGUCUUAUUUAUUCAGAACCUUAAGAUUUUUGACACACACACACACACCCUAAAUGUUUGUUUUUCCCCUGCAUUGUUUUGGACUUCUAUCUCCUUUUUAAGUGGUCAAUAAAAUGUUGUAUUUAAACUUCGGAGGAUAAACAGGAUCAGACAUGAUUUUAAAAAAACUUGCACUUUUUAGAUACCCAGCCUUAAGAACGUCAGUCCAAAAGUGGAACACAAGUCGCAAAACAAAGCAAUUUCCCAUUGAAGAAAACUUGUGUUUCCAUGACUACAGAUUGUAUAUGUAAUAUAAAAUGAUGCUAUUUUUGUAUUUAUGAACGAUCUAGAAUUGUUUUAAUAUUACAUUUUUGAUGGAAAAUGUGUUAAAGAAAACAACACAAAGAAAAAACCAGA